UACGUGGUCCGUUAAGAAAGAAUAAAUAAAUAAAGGGAUUAAAGGAAGAGAGUGAGAAAGAAAGCAAAGGUGAAGAAGAGCGGCGAUGGCGGCGAGGUUAUGGUUGAUGAGACUAGCCCUCCUUAGUGUAAGCGUGGUUGGGUUGGCGUACGGUAACUCGGAAUCAGACGCUUUGUACACGCUGAGGAAGAGCUUGUCGGAUCCCGGGAAGGUGCUGCAGAGCUGGGAUCCCACCCUCGUCAACCCUUGCACUUGGUUCCACAUCACCUGCAACCACCACAAUCGCGUUACCCGACUGGAUUUAGGUAACUCAAACCUCUCUGGACAUCUGGUACCAGAACUUGGAAAGCUUGAGCAUCUUCAAUAUCUGGAGCUUUACAGAAAUAACAUUCAGGGGACUAUUCCAGCUGAGCUUGGUAACCUCAACAGCCUCAUUAGCUUGGACUUAUAUAACAACAACAUAUCAGGGACAAUUCCUCCUUCAUUGGGGAAACUGAAAUCACUUGUCUUCUUACGUCUAAAUGACAACAGGUUAAGUGGGCCAAUCCCCAGGGAGCUCGUUGGCCUUUCAAACCUCAAAGUCUUGGAUGUAUCGAGCAAUGAUUUGUGUGGAACAAUUCCUACCAGUGGACCGUUUGAGCACAUACCUCUAAACAACUUUGAGAACAACCUUCGACUUGAAGGUCCGGAGUUGUUGGGGCUUGCAACUUACGACACCAACUGCUUUUGAGAAAGGAUGGAAUCUUGACUUUGCUUUGAAUUAGAUAUUGUACCAUUUCAUGGGAUUGGUUUAAAUUCGAUCCCUCAUAUAAGAAGUAUUUGUGAAUUUGAUGAUACUAAUGACAUUGGCAUUAUAACGGUAUGUGUAGAUCUAAAUCACUUGAUUUGGUAUAAUGUUUCGGAUACACUUUUUAGUAGCAGUUGAAGUUGUAGUUAUGGUGCACGUCCUUGUCUUAAGAUCUUACUUGCUUUGUAUGAGUGUCUGAAUUUGAAAAACUUCCAGCGCCAAGGUUCAAUGCUGAUUGAUUAUCAUCUUUCUAUUUUGUUUCCCUGGUGGGAUAGUUGUUUCCUUGUACUCUUUUGAUUUCUGGAUAACAUAACCUAAUCUAGUGGGCGAAGCUUUGAGAUAUAACACUGAAAUUCAGUUGUAUGCAAAUCUACCAACAGAAAUGGUAAAAUCGUUGAAGCAACCAUAAUGUUGUCCAACUUGUAACUCGAUGGGAUGUGUUGUACCAGCCAUUCAUUUUUUAUGUGCGUUCAGAUGAUUGAGCUGAACAGGUUGGCCUUCAAAACGGAUGCUCAUUGUUCUCAUACAUAUCAUACAUAUCUGCCAUGAGGUAACAUGUACAAGACUGCAAUCAGUUCCUCCAAAUGUUAUACUUAUUUAGUUCUUUUUCCUGUUUUUCGGGUAUAAAGAUUUGUUCAGUUUCAAAAAUAGAAUAAAUGAAUAUUGGAAAUAGCUCACCCAAAUAUGAACAGGAAGAAGCCAAAGAAUAUACCAGAUAAACAUCAGUAAC